UCUCCGCCGUCCGACUGGGAAGAAAUGUACGACGUGGUGAGGAAGAUGCGAGCCCCCGGCGGCGUGGCGCACGGCGCGGCCGUGGACACCAUGGGCUGCGAGCGACUGGCCGAUCCGAACGCGUCGCCAAAGGACCAGAGGCUGCACUCGCUGAUUGCGCUGAUGCUGUCUAGCCAGACAAAGGACACGGUCACGGCGGUGGUGAUGCGGAGGCUACAGACGGAACUGCCGGCAUGCAGGCCGGGAGCGCCGGUGGGCUUGAACCUGGACAAUCUGCUGGCGGUGGAUGCGAAUCUGCUCAACCAGAUGAUUUGGGCAGUUGGCUUCCACAAUAACAAGACCAAGUACAUCAAGAAAGCCGCCGAGAUCCUCCGCGACGAAUGGAACGGCGACAUCCCCGACACCGUCGAGGGCCUGACGUCGCUGCCCGGCGUGGGCCCCAAGAUGGCCUACCUCUGCCUGUCGGUGGCCUGGAACCGCACCGAGGGCAUCGGCGUCGACGUGCACGUCCACCGCAUCACCAACAUGUGGGGGUGGCACAAGACCAAGAACCCCGAGGAGACGCGGCUGGCCCUGCAGUCGUGGCUGCCGCGGGACCGCUGGCGCGAGAUCAACGGCCUGCUGGUGGGCUUGGGCCAGAGCGUGUGUCUCCCCGUGGGACGGCGGUGCGGCGAGUGCGACUUGGGGCUGCAGGGGCUUUGCAAGGCGGCGGAGAGGAAGAAGGUGAUUGAGGGGAGGAGGGUCAAGACG